CUCCACUGGAAUAGUGUGUACAGUCAGCUUUGAAUCGAAGAACUUCUGUGGAAAUAUUGACAUCUAGUGGUCAUAAUGAGUAGGUUAUGGUUUUGUGAAAAACGAAACAGAAAGAGUUUCGCUUUUCUCGGCCUGCUUUCCUGGUAACAGUGAAUCGUCCUUCUGACUGAGGGUGCAUUUAAACUUUAUCAGCUGCUCGGUAGGUCCCGAUGGCGUCUGAUGACAUCCAGGCGGGGCUGGUGGAGGCGCUGAGGCCGCGGCUGCAGGAGUAUAUCGCGGUGGAGCAAGCGGUCAAAUAUUUGCAUUUUAUCGACCCCGCUCGAAAAGAGCAGAUUAAACAAAAAGCCAGAACCGACGGCAACGUCGCCGCGGCCAACGUCCUGAUCGGCGCGGUGCUGGAGAGGCCGCGCACGGACGGCUGGUUCCGGGCCUUCGUGGACGCCCUGUCGCAGGGAGGCAGCCAGCUCGCUGCGGACUAUUUGAAUUCAAACCCCCCCGAACCUGACGUGGAAGCCGAAAAUGACAGCUGCGUCCGACUUAUUCGGUUGUUGGCUCCCAGUCUUGUGGACAUGAAAACAGAACAAGUGUGUCAGCACUGUUUCUCCAAGAAGCUCCUCACCAACGAGGACAAAGAGCAGAUUUUGGCUGAAACAAGAAACAAAGGGAACAUCGCUGGAGCUGACGAACUCCUGAGCAGAAUUGUGAGGUGUCGUCCUGGAUGGUAUUCAACAUUUCUGGAGGUUCUGAGAGAAACGGAACACAUCUUCCUGUAUGAGCUGACUGGAGGAGCACCCCUGACCCAGGCUGAGAAACAACCCUCACAGAUAGAUGAGCCUACUGGAGAUGAAGCCACAGCAGCAGAGAAUCCAUCAGCCGCCGAGAGCUGUGAGGGCCCAGAACCAAUGGUGAUCAGUGUAACUGAGGAGCCUCCAGAUGAAUCCACAGAUCUGUAUUCAAGUCCUGAUGUGUCACACAACACGGAGCCCUCACAGUCAGAUGGUUGUGACUUAGCACCGGCACCCGCCAGAGGCCCAGAAGAAGAUGAAAUUUCUCUUUGGGAUUAUCAGAUGGAAGUCGCCAGCCCUGCCUUGAAGGGGGAAAACAUCAUCAUAUGCCUUCCAACGGGAAGUGGUAAAACCCGAGUUGCUGUAUAUAUUACAAAGAAACAUCUGGACCGCAGGAGGGAGGAGGGAAAUCCAGGAAAGGUGGUUGUCCUGGUGAACAAGAUUCCUCUUGUUGAGCAGCAUUACACCAAAGAGUUCCUGCCCUUUCUGAGGCGUUCAUAUAAAGUGGAGAAGGUCAGCGGAGACUCUCAGCUCAAAAUCUCCUUUGCCAAGAUUGUGGACAAAAAUGACAUCAUCAUUUGCACGGCCCAGAUCCUGGAAAACUAUUUGGAAAGGGCAAACGAUGGAGAGGAUGAAGGGGUGCGCUUGCGUGACCUGACCCUGAUCGUCAUAGACGAGUGUCACCACACUCAGAAAGGAGAAGUCUACAAUCACAUAAUGAUGCGAUACUUGAAGCAGAAGCACAAGAACAUCAGGCUCAGGAAGAUGGAGAAGACGCCUGUGAUCCUCCCGCAGAUUCUGGGUCUGACUGCCUCGCCGGGAGUUGGGAAAGCUACUAAAAUGCAGAAAGCAGAGGACCACAUCCUUGGUAUUUGUGCCAACCUGGACGCUUCCAAAAUCAUGAGUCUUGGGGAUUUCAAAAAGGCCAUAAAGAAAACCAUUCUUAACGUUGAAGAUAGAAAGCAGGAUCCCUUUGGUGAGGUAAUCAAGAGAAUCAUGAAUGCCAUUCAUGAUCACGCCAAACUGACCCCCACCUGUGACCUGGGCACUCAGAAUUAUGAACAGUGGGCUGUUCAGAAAGAGAGACAGGCUGCUAAAGAGGAGGAUCAGACAGUGAGGGUUUGUGCAGAUUACCUUCGCCGGUACAAUGAGGGCCUGGUUCUGAACAACACCAUCCGCAUGCAAGAUGCCCUCGGCUACCUGAGCAAAUACCACAAGGAGCAAAUUAAGAAGAAAACUGUCCCUGAUGAUGAGUUGAUAAUACAAAUAACAGAUACUGAAAGGUUCCUCCUCAGAUUGUUUGAAGACAACAAGGAAGAGUUGGAGAUGCUUUCAAAGCUUCCCGAGUAUGAAAAUGACAGCCUAUCAAAACUGAGAACAAAAAUUCUGCAGGAGUUCAGCAGCAGGAAAGAGGCCAGAGGGAUCAUUUUCACCAAAACACGCCACAGCGCCAUGACCCUGAGUCAGUGGAUUCAGGAAAACUCCAAAUUUGCUGACAUUGGAGUGAAACCUGCAUAUGUGAUUGGAGGAGGAGACCAGAGUGACACCAAACCAAUGACAGCUGCAGAGCAAAGAGACGUGUUGAAAAAAUUCAGCACUGGUGAAGUGAACUUGCUGGUUGCUACCACAGUGGCAGAGGAGGGUUUGGACAUACCAGCCUGCAAUGUUGUAAUCCGAUAUGGUCUUGUUACCAACGAAAUCGCCAUGAUUCAGUCCAAAGGCAGAGGGAGAGCUGAGGACAGCUCGUAUACUGUGGUUGAUGUCAAGAACUCUGGAGUAGCUGAGAAGGAGUGUGUUAAUGAGUACCGUGAGGACAUGAUGGAAAAAGCUAUUAAGAAAAUCAAAGCCAUGAAUCAAGCAGCUUAUGACAAACAGAUCACUGAGUUUCAGCUUCAGGCCAUAAUGGAGGAAAGGGUGAGAAAGACCAAGCACAAUAAGAAGGCCGUAAAGAAGGAAAGUCCAUCUGCUGUGAGGUUUAGCUGUCGACACUGCAGCCGGCCGGUCUGCAGCGGGGAAGACAUCCAGAUCAUUGAGAACAUGCACAGAGUCAACGUUACUCCCACGUUUAGUCAACUUUUCAUUCAGAGAGAAAACACUACUCUUCAGGAGCGACUUCUGGAUUACGAGACCAACGGCACCAUAGCUUGCAAAGAAUGUGGGCAGCAAUGGGGUUCAAUGAUGAUGUACCGUGGGAUUGAAUGCCCCUGUCUCCACGUGAAGAACUUUGUGGUGAACGUAAAUGGUAAAAAGAUUAGCAAUUGCACAAAGUGGAGAGAACUCCCCAUCCAGUUUUCAGACUUCGACUACAUUGAAUAUGCCAACCGCAUGGAGCAGAGCUCAGAUGAAGAGGAAACAGAAUAAAAGGACAAAACCGAAAGGCUCUGCUGUAUUUUUGUCAUUCAUAGUGUGGUUUAAGCCUAUGUAACCCCUCGCACUGUUGAAUCAAAGUCCUCCUUUCACUGCUAAAUUAUGAUUUCAUUGAUGGGGAUGGUUUUAAUUGUGUGUCCAAAGCAAGUGCUAUUUUUCCUUUUAUUAAAUCAUUCUAAUGAAAGAUUGUACGAUAGUUACAGGCUGAAUGAGUUGUUGAAGCGAUCACCUGAACUGGAAAAAUGAAUAAUAAAGUGAAAUUGUCCUCUC